CCAUCGAACACCAGGGAUACGAAGCGGAAGACUUCGACUCAUUUAUCGACUCCGUCUAAAUACUCAAUACCUACUCGUUAUUAUGUGCAAAUGAACUUGUUUCUAUACACAACGUUUAAAUUUCUUAUGUAAAUAUUUAAGUGUCGCAUUUUUCUGCUCGUCUGCGAGUUUUCGCUGUAAUGCGUCGACAACGAGCCAGGCAACAUGAACACAGUCCCGUGCGCAAUCAGAAGCUGGCGAACAGUAUGCGGUCGCGUUCACAAAGUGCUGCAGAGAUGUUAUCACAAUGCGCCGCCGGAAAUCCAACAGAUUCAAGAAGUUUGUCGGCGUUUUGCACAGGAAAAGUUACAACCAAUUGCUGGGCGGCUUGACGCCGAAGGAGAAUUUCCUACUGGACCUAUUGAAGAACUUGCAAAACUCGGCCUGUUAUCAAUUACUGUUCCUAAGGAAGAUGGUGGCUCUGGAAUGAAUACUCUAGCAUUAUCUGUGGCUGUGGAGGAAUUGUCAGCAGGCUGUGCAAGCACUGGAGCAAUUGUUUCUAUUUAUAAUUGCCUCUACACAAAUUUGCUUGCAAGAUAUGCAACUAAUACUCAGAAGGAGAAGUUUUUGUAUCCAUACACAACCAGUGGUGUUCUAGGCUGUUUUGCUUUGAGUGAACCUGAAGCAGGCAGUGAUGUUGCAGCUCUACAGACAACUGCAACUGAGUGUCAAGAUGGUUAUGUGUUAAAUGGCACUAAAUCUUGGGUGACCAGUGGAACUGUAGGGGACAUAGCUGUGAUUUUUGCAACUAUAGAUAAGUCAUUACAUUAUAAAGGAAUCACUGCAUUUUUGGUUCCUUUGACUGCUGAAGGAGUAACAAGAGGCAAGGCUGAUGAUAAAUUAGGUAUCCGCGCAGCGCCGUCCUGCAAUAUUACUCUAGACAAUGUUCUCGUCCCCAAAGAGAAUAUUUUAGGCGAGGUUGGUGAAGGUUUCAAGAUUGCAAUGAUUCAGCUAGAGUUAGCGCGUAUUGGCAUCGCUUCCCAAGCGUUGGGCAUCUCUCAGGCGGCGCUGAACGCCGCUGUUGAGUAUUCCUUCCAACGUGUUGCAUUUAAACAACACCUGAACGAAUUUCAAGCAGUCAAAUUGCGUAUUGCUGAUAUGGCGCUGCAAUUGGAAGCAGCUAGACUGUUGGUUCAUCGUGCUGCCACCCGUUACGAUAUGGUGGGACGAGCGUCCAAAGAAUGCAGCAUGGCGAAAACAGCCGCUAGUACAGGCGCCACCGCCAUUACACACAGCGCUCUUCAGAUCCUCGGCGGAAUGGGUUAUGUAAAGCACAUGUCGGUUGAGCGUCACUUCCGAGAUGCGCGCGUUACCGAAAUCUACGGCGGCGUCACUGACAUACAGAAGUUGAUUAUUGCCGAAUGUAUUUUACAGGAACAUCAACGCAGGUCGACCUAAUUCAAUGUUUCGUUCAUUUCCAUUUUUUAUCGUUUUACACAACUUACAUUGGGGUGAGAUAUCAAACGUUAACAAACUGACUGCGCAUUGCGUCGGCAAGUAAUGCGAAUAUAAACAAUUUUACAACAAACAACAAA